GUCGCGGAAGAUCGCAAUCCAAUCGCAACGAUGCUGGUCCCACCGGACAUGGUUACGGUGCAAUCGAAGACGAUCUUCCAGAUCAACAAGUACUACGCCGAGAAGGUGCAGGUGCGCAUGGGCAACAUCGCGAUCGUGCUGCGGGAGAUAUGCAAGAUCGUGCAGGAGGUGUUGCGCGAGGUCGAGGUUCAGGAACCGCGCUUUAUCUCUAGCUUGGUGGAGUGCAAUGGCAGGUUCGAGGGUCUCGAGGUUGUAUCACCGACGGCGUUUGAGGUCGUGCUGUACCUCAACCAGAUGGGGGUGUUCAACUUCGUCGACGAUGGUUCGCUCCCGGGAGCAGCAGUGCUGAAGCUGAGUGAUGGCCGCAAACGCUCAAUGUCGCUGUGGGUGGAGUUCAUCACCGCGUCCGGGUAUCUAUCUGCCCGGAAGAUCCGCUCCCGGUUCCACACGCUAGUCGCACAGGCCGUCGAGAAGUGUCCGUACCGUGAUAUGGUCAAACUUGUCCCUGACACAACCGAGGUGAAGCUGCGGAUCCGCGAGCGGUACACCGUGCAGAUAACACCUGCGUUCAAGUGCACCGGCAUCUGGCCACGAUCUGCUGCUCACUGGCCGAUCCUCAACAUCCCGUGGCCUCAUCCGGCCCUCGUUGCGGAGGUUAAGACGGAGGGGUUUGAUCUACUCUCGAAGGAGAGCGUCAUCCUGCAGGGGAAGAAUGCGAACGUCGAGGGUGAUGCCUGGUUGCUGCACUUCACUGAGGCUGAGAAUCGCUUGCUGCAAGGUGGAUACCGAAAGCGAUGUCUGAGCAUCCUCAAGACGCUGUGUGACAGACAUCUGGAUCUACCGGGAGCUCCUAUUGGAUACUAUCAUCUGAAGACGCUGCUGCUGUACGAGUGCGAGAAACAUCCUCGAGAGACGGAAUGGGAUGCGGGUUGUGUCGCGGAUCGGCUGAAUGGCAUCUUCCUGCAGCUCAUCUCCUGUCUGCAGUGUCGCAGGUGUCCGCACUACUUCCUGCCCAGUUUGGACCUGUUUAAGGGCAAGUCACCGACGGCGUUGGAUAAUGCCUCCAAGCACGUGUGGCGUUUGUGUCGGGACAUCCUCACCAGCAGUAAGGCCUUCGAUCGGCUGUAGGACUCAACCAUAUCAGAAGAUGUGAGCAGAACAAACCCCAAUUCAUAACGUGCAUAUGCAAACUGUAUACGAGUGGUGAUGGUGGUGAAACCCUGAGACGUGCAACUGAUGUAUACGAGUCUACGUUUCUACGUCUUUGUUUUUUU